UCGUUAUUGCGGUGCCUUGUGAGAUUGAAUGUGUAAAAUACUAUGCUUUAGUUUAAAUGUGUGCACUCGAUAAAAUCCAUGUUUUAGAGCCAUUGUGUCUCGCAUUGAUGACGUCACAACACUCGCGUUCUUGCACUCAUUCCAGCAAGUCUUCUGAGAUCUUCUAUUCAACACACGAACUUCCCAAGGCUGAAUGAGAACAUGAAUAAACCAGAACCCUUCAGAAUAAAACACAAAGAUACUGCAAAGCAAGGAGACCUAAUGGAAGACAGUGAGGAGAGUGAAGAACGGAAUGAGGCCGAGGACAAGCAUAAUCAUGUCAAAACUUGUGAGAAAUCUUUUAGUUGCUCACAGACUAAAAGUAAUUUAUUGAAAAAAGCCAAAAAGCCUUUCACCUGCUCUCAUUGUGGGAAGUGUUACACAGUAAAAGCAACCCUGGCAAUACACAUGAGGACCCAUACUGGAGAAAAUCUGCACACGUGUGAUCAAUGCGGGAAGAGUUUUCCGAUAAAAGCAUACCUUAAGGAUCACAUGAGAAUCCACACUGGAGAAAAACCGUACUCAUGUGAUCAGUGCGGGAAGAGUUUUACGAUGAAAGGAACCCUUAAGGAUCACAUGAGAGUUCACACUGGAGAGAAGCUGUACUCGUGUGAUCAGUGCGGGAAGAGUUUUGCAUACAGACACAGUCUUAAAAGUCACACGAGAGCUCAUAGUGGAGAGAAGCCAUUCUCAUGUGAUCAAUGUGGGAAUAAUUUCACAAGUAAAAGAUCUCUUAAGGAACACAUGACAAUCCACACUGGAGUGAAACCACACACAUGUGAUCAAUGUGGGACAAGUUUCAGACAAAAAGCAGCCCUUAGGGAGCACAUGACCAUCCACACUGGAGUGAAGCCGUUUGCAUGUGAUCAGUGCGGAAAGAGUUUCAGAAAGUCAUGCACUUUUAAAGUACACCUGCGUCGUCAUUCUGGAGAAAGACCAUUUAACUGUGACCAGUGUGGUAAAACUUUUUUUAGGUCAGAUGCGCUGAAGGACCACCUGAAAGUUCAUACAAAGGAGAAGCCUUACAUGUGUACUUUGUGUGGAAGGAGUUUUAGUCAGUCAGGUACUUUAAAAUUGCAUCAGAAAAGACACAACAGUGUGAAGGAGCAUAUGUGUUUUGAUUGUGGGAAGACUUUUGUUAGAGAUGCUGAACUCAAACUGCAUCAGAGCACUCAUACUGGAGAAAAACCUUACAAGUGUUCACAUUGUAACAAGAGAUUCAGAUGGUCAGAUUAUCUGAAAAAACAUGAGAGGAUCCACACCGGAGAAAAACCUUUCAAGUGUUCACACUGUGACAAGAGAUUCAAAUGGUCAGAAUAUCUAAAAAAACACGAGAGGAUCCAUACUGGAGAGAAGCUGUAUCAGUGCAGUCAAUGUGAAAAGAGUUUCACUCUGUCGUCAUCUUUACUCAGUCAUACAAAAAAGAAAUGUGUGAAAUCAUGAACUCUUAUCUGAAUAAAAAUCUGAAUUCUUUGGA